UCUGCAUCACUUCUUCAAUAAUUUUUACCAAUAUUGUAAUGAUACGGGCAUGUGAAUCUAGAUCGAUCAAAGGAAUUCUGCCGGCAUCCACGCGAUGAAAGGUUGAAAGGUGUAAAAUAACCUAUCUUCCAACAAAGAUUCUCGGAUUUUUUAUAAUUUAGUCCGGUAGACAUUUUCUUCACGUUGAACGUUGACGGAGAAGUAAGGAAUACGGUCAUUUCUGGGAAAACAGGAUUGGUUUUGUGGUCAUCCAGAAUGAAUAGCAUCUUUAGGCUUGCGUUAAUUUGUGGACUUUUUGUUAGCUGUGUAAUUUCUGAAGAUACCGAAAAGAAACAAAAACAAGAUUCCGUCACUUAUGACAUUGGAAAUACAAAUGGUUACGACAUAAACAUAGACGACAAUUGGCUGAAUGAAGUGCUUAAUACAAAUGUUAAUGAAAGUAGUAAGAAGUACAACCAAAUUAUUAUCGACCAGGAACCCAAACAUGUGCAAUUACCUCGGCUUGUAUCUGAUGACGAGGAUAAUAUCGAUGGUUCCGGUUCCGGUGAUGGGAUACAACUAGAUAAAGAAAAAAACGAAGGAGGCCAUUUCACUGAGCAAACGCCAGGAAGACUAGAACAACAGACGAUAGGAAAACAGCACGAGGCUAUUCGUCGUCUGCCCGAGCCUAAUACAGAUGUUGACCUUUUUAAUGUUGACAAUGAAGAAAUUAAACAUGUUAAAGAAAUAUUACGUCAAUCAGCGACGAUAGGUGCAGCUACGAUCCCAACAACGCGAGUCGUCACUAAAACGUCAACAACACAAUCAAAUAUUGCAGACAUCAGCAAAGAAAUUGAGACAGACGACGAAAUUGACGAUGAAGAUGGUGAUGAUUUUAUUGAGGCCAGAACAGAACUCGGGUCUGGAUUGGAAGAAGAAGUUUCAGACGACGAGGAGAAAUUAAAUAUAACGUCUCCCAUGAAAACAGAGGACAUUACCAGAGAUGAGUAUAACUGCAGAGGUAUUUUGUGCAAAUAUGGCGCAACGUGUCUGAUUCAAAACGGUGUUAAAACGGGAUGUGUCUGUGAUAUGAAAUGUGAGAAUUUCAAAGGCAAUCCUGUUUGUGGUUCCGACGGUAUACUAUAUGAAAACCUCUGUCAUUUGCAGCUAGAGGCCUGUAGUCUUCAGGUCAAUAUAUCUCUGGAUUCUUCUGAUAAAUGUUUGCAAAAUGACAAUAAUCCAUUUAAUUCAUUACAACAAUGUAAAACAUCAUACCCUUACUGGACACCAUGGUCACUUUGGAUACAGUCAGGUGAUAAAGAGUUCAGAUUUAGGUAUUGCAAACGUUCCGGUUUAUAUUUACUAGCAGACGACAGUUGUAACGACCCUCAGAUGCAAGUUCGGCAGUGUAACAGACGAGAAACAAGAGCGUGCAGAUCUAUGUCAGGAAAAACAACACAAGAAUACGAAUACUCAUGCAGCGGAGUUCAAUUAUCUGAGAUAUCUAGAAUUGAUGAUAUUUUUCCUCAUUUACACGAUGAAGUGUCAGAUUGUGAAUACUCAUUAUACGAUAUUGGAAUUGCAAAAUUUAUACACAAGAAAUGGACAAUCGAUGAUCUUGAUGCCAAAGGGGACAAAAAUGUUUGGUGUAGAAAUAGGGAUCGUUUUGUUCCGUUCUUCGACUCAACGAAACAGUGUUCUGGUACCCUAGAAAAGUUUUGUCAAGAAUCAGAAAAAUGUAUUCGUAAAAAGAAAAAUAUCUUGAAGUCUAAAGGUAACUUGAAACACAUUUGUUGGAAAAAGUUCCUUCUUGGAGAUCAGUUACCAACAGGUUUUCCAGGGAUAUAUGACAAAUAUUUCAUUUGUCAGCGCUUUGCACAGGAUGAUACGUAUAUAGGAUCCACGUCUAGGAAGGCUUUCUAUGGUACUGUUUAUGAUACAAAACAACGUGUUCCUCUGAUGUCUUUUGGAAGACUAAGAAACCUCUCAGAUACUUCAAAACCACUAAUGACGUUUAUGAUUGAAAAGGGUUUGGUGUCAACUAAAAAGCAUAAAAGUGUGGUAUCGACAGUAUACAACUGGCUGAAUGGUGCAGAAGGAAAAGGAAUGUUCUACGACAAUGGUGAAAUUUCAGUCUGUAAUCUAGGUCAAUUUCAGGCUGUAAACACCGAUUAUGAUACCUCAGAGUACAAAAUGCAACAACUUUUACCACACAGUCUCACAGGAAAUGACGUAAGAGAGAAAAUAGCAACAUACACACUGACUAAUACGGCGCCAAUUCACACAUCACUACAUGGAAUGUGGGAAACUGCUUUGUCAACUGCGCGUACUUUCGCUGUCGAAAAGUGUGGAAUUCCAGUACUUUUAAAUCCCGUGAGGAGACAACGAAACAGAGUAUCACGUGACCAUCCAGAGAUGUAUGUAAUAUCAGGUGCAGUAUCAUUAAACGAUGCUGAUAGCACAAUAGGGAAUGGGGUAGCUGUUCCAUAUCUAUUUUGGUUCGCAGGAUGCUGCAUCAAAGGCGCAGAUACUGCUUCAUAUGCUUUAUAUGCUAGAAAUGUUCCUGACAGCGUUGUCAUAUCUGCUCCAGUUGCCCAGCUAGAAAUUCUUUUAUCAGAUAUUUAUAACACUACUUCAAACAAAACAAUCAAAUUGUUUCCGGCCUAUGAUGAUAUAUGUGGUAGCAUUAAAAGUGAUAUUUCAGGUCAGAUAAAAUUAUGAUUUCAAAAAUAUCUUUAAUACAAACGAUCUGGUUCAAUUAUAAUAUCAUUGUUAAACCAAAGAAGUGUAAGCCAUUUUAUCUAAUGUUUUAAAUACUUUUUCUAACACUUCAAUGACCUGAAUCAUUAAACGGUGAAUGUUACAUAAAACAGUUUUUGGAAUUGGUUUAGUUUCUGAACUGGUAACAGAAGUACCAGACCUAUUCACUACCCAUGUAAUUGGGUUUAUAAGCACCUUUUGUAAUUGAUCAUCAUCGCAAUAUAGGUAUGGAAGUUCCUGGAGAUCUAUUUUCACUCUUGUAUGACAGAUAGACGUUGUAAACCCACUAUAACAAGUACGCUUUUAUAUUGUAUUGAACCAUUAGAUAACCUCCAGUAUAUAUUCGUAUUAUUAGUGAUUGAUUGCAUACUUUAACGAUGAAAUUUCAGAUGUUCAAAUAUCGUGUGACUUUAACACCUCAGAUUCAUAGUUUUCAGUUCACUAUAGCAUUAGCUCGUUAGGACAUUUAGAUAAUGCCUAUAUCUUAUUAAAAUAUGUCACCGAAAAAUGAAAUGGUUCAGAAUUGCAUAUAAUUAUUGAUGUAGAGGAAAUUAUAUUUUUCGGUCUAUGCGUCCGUCCGUCCGUCUAGCCUGUAUCAGUUUAAAGUUUUUGAUGAAGGUAAUCUUUGGUCACACCAACUUGAAACUUAGACCAGAUAUUCAUUGUGAAGUACACUUUUUUAAAAUAGAUGCCAAAAUAGGGUUUUCAAUAGAUUUUGCGGUACACUGAACAUAGAAAUAUGAUGUACUAGUGGGGUGUGUAUUCUAUUGACAGGUUGUUGUGGUUUGUUUUUUUUUUUACUUGUAUAGGAGUUUUCACGAUUAUGUUUUGAAUACAAAAUUAGCAGGUAUACUUAAUAUAUACUUUGCAUGCAUUGCAAAUUUACCCAUUGAACAGUAGUUUACUACGGUUACCUUUAUUUACCCAUAAUAACAUCAGUAGCUAACCCUGGAAUUCCGAACUGACACCGUGAUCAUACACAGGCUAACCAGUGGGUGAGCCACAUUAGGAUAGGACAUAUUACUUUUGUUUAUUUUUUGUACAUUUGUUAUGAAAGAUGAUUUGAUGAAUGUGGAAAAGGUUCUUUUAACUUGUGCGUUUUAAAUAUACCUUUCAGUGCACAUAUGAUUAGAUAAUGAGUAUUCUGUGUUAAAAAGGAAGUCUUAUCAUAGUAUUUGUGUAAUACUGUAGCAUACCAUAUUAAUCUGAUUAAAGAGUUAUCCCAUUUUUACAAAUUGUUUUGUAUCUAUUGUCAUAACAUCCGAGUAUAGCGUCACAAAAUAUAGGAAAUUGCACAUUAAUCGUUGUACUUAUUAUAGCAUAAUGUUCAUGUUUAUGUCAUCCAGUAGUGUUUGAAUAAAGAUUACAAGUUGAGUUCGAAUACGGAAUAUAAAUCCAUCUUUUAUGUAUUCAUACUGUGUUGUUACUACGCAAGCUUCUAUUUUUAUACUCAUUAACACACUAGUUGAAUGUAUCUAGUUAUAGUUCCGUUUAAAAAAUUCUUGAAACAACAUAGGAAUGUGUUUGUUUGAGGUCAAUAGCUAUCCAAUUAUAGUAUCGAAUAAUAUUAUUUCAUGAAAGGUUCCUCCGAAGUUUCACCUCCAUAAAAAAUGAAAACAACACUUUAUAAAUUGUAUUCGUUCGAAGUGCUCUUCUUGAUUUACCUUCAUCAAGAACGUUCACAGCGUAAUAUUUACUAAACAGUGAAUGACUUCCACAGUAUUAGAUUCUUCUGUGAGUGCAGUUACUGAUGAGCUUUUUUCCAGUACCCAUGUUUUCUGUCGAAAUUAUACACUCCUUUUUAUAUGUGCAUUCCGCGCAGAGAUUCUGUUUUAAAUUAAUUCCAAAAAGACGUAACAAACAAAUAUAUAUGGCAAAAACAAAAUUAUACGAUACAGCUUUUUAGGUUGUCUGUACACAUUAAUGGUAAGGGGACUAGGCUAAGUGUGCUUUUGUCAAACCGGAAGACGAACCUCUUUCCAAAAAGAAAACGAAUCUGUAGCAAUUAGCAAAAAUUCUAUGGUAAUAAUUUUCUAAUUCUGAUUUAAAAUUCAAAUGUCUGUUUUUGAAGUGCAGUAAUUCUGCAGCACUAUCCUAUUAUCAUACAUUGAUCAUUUUUUCGUUCUUGUUUCUGUAUAAAAAAAAAUAAUACUUCAUCUAAUUGUACAACUAAGGAUAAUAAAAGGCUAAAGAAUAAGAAAUAAGACAAAAGAUUCGUGCAUGUAGUGCCUGAAUAGGACUUCCUUCAAUUUCAAAAAUGAUUUGAACAAUAGAUAGCAAUAUAGUUACCCUUGUAGUGGGUACAUGCGUAAUUCCAACAUCCUUUUGUGUUUUUUGUGAUCAUGCUUUUUAUGAUAAAAAAUGGCGGAAUAUAUAAGCUCUUCAAUUCAUAGUGUGAUACUGUAUAUAAAUUCAAUGUAUAUUUUAGUUUUGUGUAUACGCGAUUAUUGUUAUUAAAAAGGUUGUGUUUUCUAUUGUGAUACUGUUAUAUAUGUGUAUUGUUUUGUUAGUACCAUCAUUGCUUAGAGCAUUGUUUAUCAUUUAUUUGUUAAUAAAAUGUUUGACAAAAAUCA